AUGGCUGUGUGUGAUACAUCUUUGGUGACAUCGUCGAGCUCCUCGGGUGCAAUUCCAAAAAAAAAUCCACCAUCAAAUACUCCUAAUUACAGCGGGAGUACUGUCGCUGCUAAUGAAAAAUCAAUUACUUGGCAACAAAGACUUUUUGGUAAACAAGUACAACGUUGCAGUGAAAUAAAUACCGAAAAUAAUAAAAAAUUUAGCAGUUGUAUUGAUGUAAGCGCAUUUGUUGAUGAGACCGAAGGUAGCUCAAUGUGUGAAAUAAUAGGUGUUUAUUUCAGUUUUAUAAAUUCAAGUGGCACGUGCGAUGAAUUUACCAAACAAUUGACUGAAUUAUAUACAAAUGUUAACUCUGUUCCCGCUACAAAUGGUGAUCACAAAGAUGAUACCCAAUCAAAUUCAACAACUCUAUUUGGACGGAAAAAAAAAUUUGAAGUUGUACAUAUUGUUUUAUGGAGCAAUGUUACCGAUGUACUUGACUUUGAUCAAAGUUUUAAUAAUCACAUUAACGAUUUGCCAUGGCUUGUUAUACCUAAUCAAGACUACGAGAGAAAGACUAGACUCACCAGAAGAUAUCGGAUAAAGUCGGGAGUUCCAACGCUGAUACUGUUGGAAGGAGCCAGUGGAUCUGUGGUAACACGAGGUGGCGUCGAACGUGUCACUGAAGAUCCCAAUGGCGUAAACUUUCCGUGGAGACCACCUCAUCCCAAAGCCACCCUCGAGGAUGGUCCUUUGCUCGCUUGCGGAGCCAGAGAUACCAAAGAACCCAUGCUACAUGAGGAGCUCAGGCAUUGCAUCAAGGGUGUAUACUUUAGCGCACACUGGUGUCCACCUUGCAGAGCUUUUACACCACAACUAGUUGAUACCUAUCAACGAAUAAGAGAACGGGGUCACCACUUUGAGGUGAUUUUUGUCAGUUCUGAUAGGAGUGAAGAAUCUUAUAACGUACAUAUUGAAUCAAUGCCGUGGUUGAGGAUACCGUUUACACACGAGGAACGAAGAAAAAAAUUGGCAAUAGCACUUGACGUACAAGCUAUUCCUACACUUGUCAUUCUUGAUCCUCGGGACAAUAUCAUCACUCUUGAGGGUCGGGCUGAACUCCUCGAAGAUCCUGAGGGACUGAACUUUCCAUGGACCACCAGACUGGUUAAUAUAUUGACGGAAAAAUAUGCUACUUCUUUACACGAUGCCCCGGCAAUUAUUUUAUUUGUUGCAUCAGAGGGAGAAGAUUGUGAAAUACAAUUUGGUGAAAGUGUUCUUUUACCCGCUGCUGAAACUUACAGGAGAGAUAGACCAGACUACGACCCUAAUUAUGAUGAUCCUGAUGACACUCUACAAUUUUAUAUAGCACUCGAUUGUGAGACAUCCGAUAUUUUACGUGAAUUUGUUGGUCUGGAUGACGCAGUACCGUUGUUAACAGCCAUCGACAUACCAAGAGGAGUCUACGCGGUUAUGGAAGACGGAGCUGAAAUCACUGUUGAUUCCGUCCAGCUAUUUGUUGACGGAUUUAGGAAUAACAAACUACCAAUAAAUAAAAUUGCCGCCUCCCAAAAGUCCGCCAAGAAUGAAAAAAUAUCCUCAUAA